AUGAACGCGUCCCUGUCGCCGACGCAGUCCCCACGCACUCCCAAGCGCAAGCCGUCAACCCGCAGGCCACGAGCACCCUCCCACCUCCCGCCUGUGCAGUCCCAGGAGGCACACGAUGCCGCACUCCACGCCAUCCGCAACGUCCUCAAGGGCCGCACCUGCUACGACGCUUUCCCAGUCAGCUACAGGCUCAUCGUCCUCGACACCAAACUCAACGUCAAGAAGGCCCUCCACGAAAAAUCCAAGUUUGCAGGCAUGCUGACCGUCCUGGACAUCAUACACUUGAUCCAGUACUACUACGACAACGCUAACUACGAUACCGCCACAGCAGAUGUCGAAACAUUCCACAUCGAGAAAAGUCUCGGCGUAGCAACUCCCCCGAUGCUUCGUGAACAUCCAAGUAGCACAUUUUACGAUGCCGCUAAACUACUCAUCCAAACCCACGCCCGCCGUCUCCCCUUGCUCGAUUAUGACACUGAAACGGGUCAUGAAGUCAUAGUCUCCGUCCUGACCCAAUAUCGUCUCCUCAAAUUCAUAUCUAUAAACUGCACGAGAGAAAUUCAACAACUGCACCUGUCCUUGCGCAAAUUGAAGAUCGGAACCUAUGUCUCUCAAAAUCCCCCUCCGGAUAACACUAACCCUUACUGGCCUAUUGCCACUGCAACAUUGGACUCCCCCGUGUUUGAUGUCGUGCACAUGUUCUCAGAGCGCGCGAUAUCUGCCGUUCCCAUCAUCGACAAAGACGGCGUGGUAGUCAAUCUCUACGAGACCGUCGACGUUAUCACACUUGUGCGACUCGGUGCUUACCAAGCACUCGAUCUCACUAUCUCUGAAGCAUUGAAUCAGCGAUCCCCCGAUUUUCCUGGGGUGGUCAUCUGCACAGCUGGAGAUUCGCUCGGCACGCUUCUGCAGUUGAUCAAGAAGCGUCGUGUGCACAGACUAGUGGUGGUCCAAGGAGAGGUCAGUUGGGUUCUUGCAUCCGUAGAACAAUACUCAAUGCGAGAUUCAGGAGGAGGAAAAAAGAGGGGGGAAGAAGGGUCGGCUGCUGGGCAUCAUUACCCUCAGUGA